UCAAAAAAGCAGGAGUGAUAGCAGCUUCCCAAAAAAAUUGGGCAGUGAAUUGCUGGGCAGUUGGGACAGGCCGCCACAAAUCUACCCUGACACGGUCUAGGUAACACCAACUAAAUGAGAGAGAUGUAAUUUAACAUCGGCACCCGAAACACUGUUCCUCCAAAACCUCUCUCCCUCUUCUUUGCAUCAUCAGAAGAAUCAACGCUAUACACCAAUUCUGCUUCUUCGUUUUCCAUCUUUCUCUGCAAAUCGAUUCUCCAAAUUGACUCAACUCUCCAACCAUGGACAACAACCUCGGAGCGCGAACCGACGAUCCAUUCCUAGUCAAGUACAACGCCACCGAUCUCCGAAUCGCUUCCGAGUUCCUCUCCAACUGGCUUCCUUUUCUCUCCACAGAUCUCUGCCUCCAGUGCACUCAAACUCUCUCCGAUCGCAUUCGAUCCCUCGCCCCAGAAAUUGAUGGAGAUGUGGAACCCAUAAAACAAGAAGAGAAUUCAGCAGUUUUGACUUCGAAAGAUAUGGAUUUAAAUGAAAUUGAUGAGAACCAUGACAAUUGCAACACAAAUUCUCUUGGUAGUUGGAAGGAUGCUGCAGAUUUGAAUGAUACUGCAGAUACGAACUCCCUGGGGAGUUGGAAAGAUGAAGCAAGUGGUUGGUCAGACCCUGCUGCAGAGGCGUCGAGCAGCGAAACAGUUGGCUCGGCAGUGGUGACCAGUGGGAGCCCAAGGGUGCGAAUGUCUUGGGCUGAUAUGGCUCAGGAAGAUGAACUUGAGGAGGAGGAGGAAGAGAACGAAGUAAAUGGUCAGCCAGUUAAUAGGUAUGCUCAGUUAGGAGAGGCAACAGUGGCUGUGAAGGAGGCAAAGCCGUGGAAGGCCGACAAUCGAUCUUUCUCAACUUAUUUUCUAUCGGAUGUGAAGAGGAAGAAGGAUUUUAUUUGCUUGGAGAGAUUUAAGGGAAAGAUUGUUAACAUUCUGGAGGGAUUGGAGCUUCACACUGGUGUUUUCAGUGCUGCAGAGCAGAAGAGGAUCGUUGAUUUUGUGUACUCAUUGCAGGAGAGGGGAAAGAAAGGUGAAUUGAAAGAGCGCACUUACACUGCACCCCAAAAGUGGAUGAGGGGCAAGGGUCGUGUGACUAUUCAAUUUGGUUGUUGCUAUAAUUAUGCACCAGAUAAAAAUGGUAAUCCACCUGGCAUCCUUCCGAAUGAAAAUGUAGAUCCUAUACCUCAUCUUUUUAAGGUGAUCAUUAGGAGGCUAGUCACAUGGCAUGUUCUUCCUCCAUCUUGUGUGCCCGACAGUUGCAUAGUCAACAUUUACGAAGAAGGGGACUGCAUACCUCCGCACAUCGACAACCAUGAUUUUGUUCGACCCUUUUGCACUGUUUCAUUUCUUAGCGAGUGUAAUAUAUUAUUUGGAUCAAACUUGAAGAUCGUGGGUGCUGGUGAGUUCAGUGGUUCUAUUGCAAUUCCCCUGCCUGUCGGAUCUGUCCUUGUUUUAAAUGGAAAUGGUGCUGAUGUGUCUAAGCAUUGUGUGCCAGCAGUUCCUACUAAAAGGAUAUCAAUUACUUUCAGGAAAAUGGAUGAAUCAAAAUGGCCUAUCGGAUUUGUUCCUGAACCUGAUUUGCAAGGACUUCAGCCAUUGUCUUAUGAAACCAACAGAUCAAAAAGGCAGACUCCACUGAAACCAAAGCUUUCUAUGAGCAGGCAGGUAGCCAGAAGAGAGGAUAAUAACAGAGACAAGGCAAGGGGAUCAGCAGGGAGAGGAAACUACCAUGUGGAGCCUCAAGUCUCUCUUCAGAUUCAACGGGGACCUUCAAAUAGGCGGAGAGUCAGUGUGAAUUUGGACGGUUGAUGGGUAUGUGAGUGUUGAUAUUUAAACACAAGCUUGUUGGUCUGUUGUCUUCUGGACUGGUCAUCAGAGGGCUUGGUAGUUGAUAAAGUGGUCUUCUACUUGAGGGUUUGAUAUUGUGUUUCAUUCGUUACGAGUGUCAAAAGCGCUAGUGCCUUUUUCUAUUGCAUUUAUAAGGUUUUCCCAACUGCUAUGUGAGUUUCAUUCUACAAGCGAGAAUUAUUGAUUAGUUUUUUAUCGAGUUGGAUGUGAAUGAUCAUCGGUGCAAGUUGGAGCUUGGUGAGGCUUGCACUGUUUGAUGGAUAUAGUCAUGAUUUCACAUUGUGAUGGGUUGGGAAUGGAUUGUAAGGCUAGGGACGCAUGGCUAGAUCUAGCCCUAGCCAACUGAUUUAUGGUUGGAUCAACUAGUUUGAAUGAUUCAUGUCAUUGCUGUGAUGUCAAUAAAUUGUUUGCUUGUAUAAGCAUUUUUUACCACUGCAUAAAAAUUGUACAAUCACCAGUGUUCUUUCUUCUUCUUCUACUUCUUCUUCUUCUUCUCUGCUCAAUGCCAUUACUGGAGACUUUAUAACUUGUAACAUUUGCUUGACCACAUUUUUUUUUGUUGCCAAAUGUUUAGAUCUUGUAAUUUGGAUUUGUUGAUUGAGCAUGAAUAGCUUAUUGUGGAGUCUUCAUAUUGAACUA